AUGGAGCACACUUACCAGGACAUGCGGAUGGAGGACCCGGUACUGCAAUUCACGUACCUCGUCGACCAGUUCAAGCAGCGCUUCCCAAAGUUGGCGUACCUCCAUGUCGUCGCGCCCAAAACGCUGGCCCACGUAGGGCCGAAGGACCCUUCGCAAGCGAACUUCAUUUACGACCUCUGGGCCCCCCGGCAUGUGAUCUCCACCGGUGGGUACGACCGCGAGUCUGGUGUGAAGACCGCGGAGGUCAUCGGAUACGGAAUGAUGUUCCUCGCGAACCCUGACCUGCCCUUCCGCCUGAAGAAGAACCUGGCGCUCAACGCUCUUCACUGCGAACCGCAUUCUACAUGGCUUCCGCCGAACGAUGACCAGCCGCUGUCUCCCAUCUUCGACGAGCCCGAGACCUUCGAUGGGCUAAGUCCUCGAACGCCUACCGUGGCGGUCAGCCCGGAUACUGGAGAGUCUAGAACGGCCUCGUGA